AACUUGCCCGGCCUCAGCUUUGCCCAGGCUCGGGAGGGAAGCUCCGACAUCCCCAGGUGGCUCCUGAAGGGAAACUGAGGUUUUGCAGAGCUGAUGUAGGCAGGUGGAUGGGCAGGCAGGUAAAGGUGGGCACCGGGCUGGUGUGGGAAUGUGGGGAAGUGGCAGCAGGGCUCGGAGCAAUCGGGGGAACAGUGGGGACCCUCAGGGGGGAGAGGGGCCUGGGCUGAGCUGCCCCGUGGCCACCCAGGGAUGUGACACCGAGGCCGGGCACGAGGCUCCGCGCUGGGUGCCCACCCUGUCACCGGGCUCGGGGUGGGCUCCUCAGGCUCUCCAGGCAGAUUCUGAGCUGGGAAGGAGGGAACCCACCCAGGGAGGGGUAGCACCUGAGGCAGCAGCUUUGCUCCAGCCCGUGCCGGGAUCGGGGCACCCACCUUGCGUUGGACACCUGGAGCAUCCUUCCCCCAGCACCCCCAGCUCUCGGGGGGCUCCCCGCCAUAUCUGAAGGCUUCAGGGCAAUCCAGAGGGUGUGUUUUAGUUCGGGCUGGGGAUGUGAACGCGGGGCUGGUGGCACUGGCAGGAGCUGAGCCGCUGGCACCGCUUCCUCCCCCGCUGCUCGCCGGCUGCGCGAUCACAUGAGCCCCUUGUUCCCAGCCUUUGUCUCAUCUCCUGCGCCGAGGAGCCGCGUCUGGGGGGAGCCUCCUCAUCCUCGGGCCUCAGAGCACGCACAGAGAUGCUCAAAUCGGAUUAUUUGUCCCAUUUAUCCUCCCAGGGUGGGUUGAGAAAAGUCUCGGGAUAUGGAUAAAGCCCCCGGAUGGUUUGAGGGGGUUGAGCUGUGUUAAUUAUUCACUGAAUCAGCAGCAGAGCCUGCUCGGGAUGAGCAGCAGCUGCAAACAUCCUGCCCACCCUCAUGGCUGGCAGCCCCCUGGAAGGAUUUUUGGGGUCCCUGUUUGCCCCACAGGGGUUGGGAUGAGGGAAUUUAGUGUCAGCAGCUUUUUGGGGAGACUGAACCUCCCCAGGAACACCCUGGGGAUAAUGACAGUGACAGUGGUGGCUCCGGGAUCGGGGAUUCCAGGGCAGGUUUGCACUGCUGGUCACAUAUGGGGGAGUCAUAUUUCCAAGGGGGUCCUGUCUCUGGGGGAAUGGUGUCACCAGGGGGGUGACAUUUCUGGGGCAGUCACACCUCUGGUGGCCACGGAGGUCACCGGGCAUGGGGACAGUGGCAGGUCAGCAGCAGCUGGGCCAGGGUGUCACGCUCAGGGCUGCAGAACAGACAGUCCUGCAGGAGGAGAAGUGUUGGCCACCAUCCCAUGGGAGGUGACAAAUGACAGCAAGAUGAUCCAGGUGCCACCUGCUCUCCAAGAACCCUGGGCUGGGCUCGGGCUGAUGCUGCAGUGCUGCCACCGUGUCCUGAGCCAAGUGUCCAUCCCGCCCGCCCCACGGGAUCUGCUCAAGAGGCAUUUUCCCAUUUUCCAGAGAAAAACAAUCAGCUCACGAGGCAUCACUGCAACAGGGAAAUGGAGAGCGGCCUCUGUGAUCCCAGAGGGACGGGAGGGAGGUUCCAACAUCCCAAGGCACUGCUGGGUUUGACCCUGGAGCUCCAGGAGCUCCCUGUGCCCUGCUGCAGUGCUGCUGGGGAAGAAUUUCCUGAUUUCUUGGAAAAACUUCCCUGUGCUGCCCCUGAGCUCCCAGUGCCAUGGCCCUGCUCCCUUUGGGCUCAUCUGGAGCCCACCCAGCUUUGAUCCAGAGAGGCAUUUCCAGCAGGGCAGCAGGAAUUCUGGUUCACUGCAGUCUCCAGGACCGGUGGUUCCAGGAAAGGCUCCGGCAGCUCCGACACUUCAGGGCUGGGCACCAAAACGUGGCAGCGCCACAGGGACACUGCCCAGGGCUGGGCAGGCAGACACAGCCCUGCCUUGACCUUUCAGCAUUGUCUCCCCUAAAAAGAAGCUUCCCGAGACCUUUUUUCCCAUCAAACCGCUCAUUUCUACCUGAUAAACAAAGCUCCAUCAAAGCUGCUGGAAACUUUCUGUGUUUACCCCAUGUCCUGCAGGGAUGCAAAGAUGGAGCACCCCCAACACCCAGAGCUGAAUUUCCCUUCCCGGGCCAUGACCAGCCCCAACCCUGCCCCAAAUUCCCUGUUCUGUGGCCAACCCCCCUCCAUGGUUGGCUGAUUCCAUCCCGAGGUUGCUGAGCUGAGAAAACAACAACAACAAAAAGCCCCACAACCCCCAGACAAAGCCAGGAGCCCGGAGGCAGCCACAGGAAUAAUCCCACAUGGAUUUUUUCCCCCCUCCCUGAUUUAUUUCCCACUGGGCUGCGAUCCCAGUGUGCCGGGUGCUGCAGGAACAGCUGCUGAGCCCGGCUUGGCCAGGCUGAGCCCCUCUGGGUGAGACCCCCAGGAGCCAAAAGCUGGGAAAAUGCCUCUGGAGCAGAUGUUAAUGGGAAGGAUGGGGUGCCCCAGCCAGCAGAGCUGAUCUCCAGGGAGAUUUCCCAAGGAGUUAUUGAGCUCUUGGGGAAACAUUGCCCAGUGCUCACAGCCCCAGCACUGAUAAUAUUGUUGUUAUUACUGUCAUUAUUAUCAAUAACAUCAUUAUCAGCAUUAUUAUAAAUGUUUUUACCCUUUUAUCCUUUUUAUUUUAUCCUUUUGUCCUUAUUUUCAUAAUUGCUUAUUAUUUAUUAGCAUUAUUAUUACUAUUAUUAUCAUAAUUUUCUCUCUCACUCCAACAUUAAGACACUACAGAGAAAUCUCCCAAACUGAGGGGGUUUUCCAGAUGAUUUUCACUGGGAAUUAGAGUUUGGCUUAUCCAUGUGGGAGCCUCUUGCCAAGGCGUGGUGAAGCCAAGGCAAUGUAAUUUUGGGCAGGAGCUGUCCCCACGUGCCCAUCAUCAGCUCCCAGUCACUCAGUGGGACCUGCUGCUCCUCCUGGCUGGAAAAGCCAUUGGAAUUUCGAGGGGAGCCCCCAGUGAGCCCCCCCAGCCCUGGGAGCAGGAGGCUGGAGCAGCUCCAGCAGUCCCUGCUUGGGCUGUGCCUUGGAGGGGAUCCUGCAGUUUGGGGGGAAUUUUUGGCUGCAGUUGCUGUGGGCUGGACACGAGCAGGAUCCUGGCGAUGCCUGGGGGAUGUUUGGGGGCUUUGGGGACCACCCUGGGGUGGGAGAGGCAGGAGGGGCCGGUGGCAGCUCUGGGUUCUGUGAUCUCCUGAGGGCUCGGCCCCGGGCGGGAGCGUCGGUCCCACGACCGCGGGACACCGAGGAGGAAGAGGAAAAAGAGGAAGAGGAGCAGGAGGAGGAUGAGGGAGCCACUCUGGCCCCGGGCUGGGAUCUGACCUCCCUCCCCUGCUCCCGGUGCAGCACCGCCGGGAGGAGCCGCCGUGUCCCUCUGCCCGUGCCCAGCUCCGGCCAUGAAGACGGAGAAGGACGAGGCUGUGGCCACCUUCUCCCUGCGGGGGAAAUUCGGCGCAGAGGGGGCAGGCUGCAGUGACCCAGCCGUGCCCGGUGCCCCGAUGGCGGGGGCGGGGAGCGGGGGGACCCCGGCCCCGGAGCUGCGGCCUCUGAAGCGCAGACCUGUCCCAGGGAAACACUACCAGUGCUCGAGCUACGGCUGCAAACUGGCCUUCCCCAGCAUGCAGGAGCUGAUGGACCACCUGAAGGUCCACUACAGACCCACGCAGUCCCUCGAGGGCAAAACCUUCCACUGCCCCACCCUGGGCUGCACCGAGACCUUCCCCAGCAUGCAGGACCUCAUGGCCCACAUGAAGGUGCACUACAAACCAAACCGCUACUUCAAGUGUGAGAACUGCCUGCUGCGCUUCCGCACGCACCGCUCCCUCUUCAAGCACCUGCACGUCUGCUCCGACAGCUCCAGCGGCCCCGCGCCGCCCCCCAAGCCCGACAAGCCCGUCCUGCCGCCCGCUACCUCUGCCCCGGAGAAGGAGCCCCCGGCCAAGCCCCCCGAGGGGCUGCCCAAGCUGCCGAGCGCUCUGCGGCCCCUGGAGAAGGAAGGCUCGGCGGGCGCGGACCCCGGCCCGGCGGCGCUGCCCGAGCUGCCCGGCUCGCUGGUGCCGCCGGCCCCGCACCCAUUCCCGCUGCUGGAGCCCGGCCUGUUCGGGCCCUCGUCCUUGACUCGGUUCUCGGGGCCACCCCCGUCCUCGGUGCCGGGGCCGUUCCUGUCCUACGUGUCCCCCUCGCCCUACGGGCUGGCGCAGCCCCCGGCUCAGCACCGCCUGCGGCCCUUCCUGCCGGGCCACGGCCCCCCCAGCGUCUCCAACGCCGUCUGGAAGAAAAGCCAAGGGCACUCCUCCAACAGCCGCAUCGUCUGGGAGCACACGCGGGGCCGCUACAGCUGCACGCAGUGCCCCUUCUCCACCGCCUCCCGCGAGGAGAUGACCCUGCACAUCGAGGACCACCGCAAGAACCCCCCGCCCGGGCGCCUGGAGGCCGAGAUGGAUUUCGGGGUGGGUCUCGCCCCGUUCCACGCCAAGCUGCCGCCGGAGAUGGAGAACUCCCUGUACUCCCAGCUUUGAUGCCCUCGGCUCCCACGGGACUCUCCAGAGCCGGGCAGGGGGCACCGCGCAGCCCCUGCCACUGUGCUGGGACAGGCACCCCUCCCUGGGGACAGGAGCACCCCCAGCCCAGCCCGGGGUGCCAGAGGGGCGGAUGUUUCCCCUGGAAUUUCUCCCUUUUUGUUUUCGGGAACUCUCCAGCACCCGGAGCCCGUGUAUCUCCCUCCCCUAAAGGUUUUGUUGCUUCAGCCCCGGGGGCUCUGCAGGGAGCCCGGUAGGUUCUCAGGAGUUAGUGGACUUCUCUGGAAUGAGAUCUCGGAAUAAUAAAUGGGAAUUGUACAGGAGCGGCCGGGAGAGGCUCUGUCAGUCCCCGUGGGGGCCGGGGGAGCGGGGCUGGCGCUGAGGAGCCCCCCCAGAACCGAAGGAGGGGGACGAGGGGACACAGGGGGUGUGACCCUGCGCUCCGGGGCUGGCCCUGCCCGGGGCUGCCGUGGGGAGCAGGAAAGGGAAGUGUCUGGGAAAGGGGAAAGGGAAGUGUUGGAGAAAGGGGAAGGUCUGAGGAAGGGGAGGGGACGCUCCCUGCUCCCCCUGCCAGCACAUCCCAGAGCACGCAGGGCUCCUGAGCAGCAGGGCUGGAGCUCUGGCAGCUGCACCCCAGCAAGCAGCCCGGGGUGGGACCCCAGCCCCGGCCAGCCUCGGUGCCAGGAGGAGGGCACGGAAUGGCACAGAAGAGCCACUGGGAGGGGCAGGGGCCCAGGUGCACCCCCUGCACCCCCCCUGGGAGCACCCUGGGGCUCCCCCAGUCCCGCUCUGCCGGUCCCAGCCCAGCGGGGUGAAAAGUUUGCUGCGAACUGGUUUGAGGGGAGGCGUGCUGGGACCUGCUGGUGCCCACGCCAGCCCCGGCUGGGAGCGAGGGAUGGGAGCGAUGGAAGAGGCGGCACCCCCUGCUCUGCCUGCUGCCAGCACCGGGAGGGGACACAAACACCGGCACGGGGCUCAGAAAGGGCCAAGGGCCACCUGGGCUGGGGGGGCAUCCCUUCCUCCCACUGCCAUCCCUUCCUCCUCCUCCUGCCAUCCCUUCCUUCCUCCACCUGCCAUCCUUUCCUUCCUCCUCCUGCCAUCCCUUCCU